AUGAAUUUCCUCGAAAGUUUAUCACAAGACCUUCAGGAGCUCUUUAAAGAUAACGUCGAAUACGACGUAAUUAUUGUAAUAGGGGAAGGACCCUAUGAAAAAUCGUUCAGAGCACAUAGUAAUAUUCUACGUUGUCGUUGCCCGUAUUUAUAUAGUGAAUUAAAUAACAAUAACGAUUACUUUGAGGAGAAUGUUAGAAUCAUUAGAAAACCCCAAAUUGCGUCAAAGGAAUUUUACAAUGAUUUCAUUUCAAAGCAUCCUGGAAUCAUUUCGGAGUCUAAUAAUUUCAAAAAACUAAAUGAAAAGGCACUCGUUUCAAUAAUAAAACGAGAUGAUUUACAACUUGACGAGUCACAAAUUUGGGAUCUUGUUAUUGGAUGGGGUCUUGCACAAAAUCCUACUCUACCUUCCGACCGAAAGUACUGGGAGGAUACCGACUUCUCUAAUUUGAAAAAAACUCUGCAAAACUGUAUACCACAUAUUAGAUUCUUUCAUAUUCCCAGCAAAAAAAUAUUUGAUGAUAUCCGUCCCUACCAGAAAAUUCUACAAACCCAACUUUGGGAUGAUAUAUGGGGAAAGAUUUGUGUACCAGAACGUCCA